AUGGCGGCGGGGAUGGCGGUGGUGGGCCCGAGGAGGGCGUCGGCGAGAGUUCGUCCCCGCCUCGCGACCCCGGGCCUGCGGCCGCGGCUGCACCUGCUGCCUCCGGCGGGAGCGGUGGCGGCGGCCGCGGCGGGAGCCUCCGAGACAUCUGCCGCGAGGUGUUCGAGCGCCUCGUCAGCGAUGGCCUCGCGGCGGGCUCCGAGCUCCUCGCCCAGCUCGAGGCCCACUUCAAUAGGCUCCCCAUCAGGUGAGCCACUCGCAGACUCGCUCGUCUCGUCUCCGCCUUCCCUCCCCUGCCCCAGCCCGCGGAAGCAGUUGCCUGCGCCUUUUGGUGGAAUGAUUCGGGGGUUGGAAAGCUACAAGCUGGAUGUGAAUAUUGACAAAGCAGAGGACGUGUUAAUCCAUCAGAAAGUUUUGGCAGAAGCGAAGGAUCCUGAUAGGCGCCCAGCGUUCGCUGUCCGUUUCCUCAGGCUUGAAGAGGUAAAUGUGGACGAGACAACUAACUCUGAUGCUCAUGAAGAAGGGGCUGAUAUUGGUGAAGCUCUUUCUACCAGGUCAAAGACAUCAUAUACACCCAUUCAUGAGAUACUAUUCUCCACUAAGGACAAACCCAAGCUCCUGAGUCAGUUGUCUGCUUUGCUUUCUGACAUUGGACUGAACAUCAGGGAGGCACAUGUGUUCUCAACAACAGAUGGUUAUUCUCUUGAUGUUUUUGUUGUUGACGGUUGGCCCAUUGAGGAAACUGAUGGUUUGCAUAAGGCACUAGAAGCAUCAAUUUUGAGAAAUGAGGGUUCAUGGUCUGGCUCUGAAUCCUCAGCUUCCGAAAGAUCACUACCAUUCCUAGCACAGGAAUCAGAUAUUGACACAAGACUUCUGAAGAUUGUAAAGAAGGUUGCUUCUGGAUCUUGUGGGGACAUGUUUCUUGGGACCUACAGUGGUGAGGAGGUUGCUGUUAAAGUUCUUAAUCCUGAGAAUUUGAACCAAAAUGCAUGGAGUGAAUUUAAGCAAGAAAUCUACAUGUUAAGGAUGGAGGGUGCUAUGACUGCUGAAACUGGGACCUAUAGAUGGAUGGCACCUGAGGUUAUAAAUCAUCAGCCCUAUGACAACAGAGCAGAUGUAUACAGUUUUGCUCUUGUACUUUGGGAGCUCAUGACAUCCAAGAUUCCAUAUAAUACCAUGAGCCCCCUCCAAGCAGCCGUUGGUGUGAGGCAGGGAUUGCGGCCACAAGUUCCAGAAAAUGCACAUCCCAGGCUCAUAAACUUGAUGCAGAGAUGUUGGGAAGCCAUCCCGCCUGAUCGCCCUUCACUUAUGGAGAUCAUUCCUGAACUAGAGGAUAUUCAAGCACAAGCGCAGAGAACAUCAGGGGAGGCGAGCCAGAAACAGAAGGACGAGAACCCAGGCAGUAGUAAAGAUUGA